AUGAAUACAAAAAAUAAUUAAAUAGUAGCAAUUAAAGUAAUAAGUUUUCAAUAAUUAAUUACUCCAAUUUCUAAAAGUUUGCUAAAAAAUGAAAUUCAAGUAUUGAGUUUAAUAGAUCAUCCUAAUUUAAUGAAGAUUUAUGAUACAUUUGAAACUAAAAAUAAUAGAUAUUUGAUUUGUGAAUAUUGUAACGAUGGUGAUUUGGCUGAAAUUUUAGACUCCAUAUAAUUCACAGAAAUAUAAGCAUUAGAAGUGUUCUAAUAAAUUGUUUAGGGAAUUAAAGCAUUACAUGAUAAAAGUAACACCUUUAUGGUAAAUUAAUAGAAAUAAUACAUAGAGAUAUCAAACCAGCCAAUAUAUUGAAAUCUAAUGGUUAUUACAAAUUAGCUGACUUUGGUUUUGCAGUUAUAGAGAACCAAUAUGAGAGCAUCAUAAAGAAAUUUAAUGUAGGUACUCCAAUGUACAUGGCUCCUGAAACUGUGUAAAAUAAUGUAUAUUCAGAAAAAUCAGAUAUAUGGGCUUUAGGAAUAGUAUUAUUUUAAAUGAUAUAUCAUGAAUUGCCUUAAUUUUCUAAAUAAGAAAAUGAAUUAACUAAGAAACACUUAUUUCUGAUUAAUAAAAUCAAAAGUGAUACACUAACAUCUCUAAAAACAAAAGAACUAAUGCUAAAUAUGUUAAAUUUUGAUCCAGAAAAACGAAUCUCUAUUAAUGAGAUUAUUGUAUCUCUGUAAAUAUAACCUAAGAAAAUAUAAACACUUUCACAUCAAUCCAUUCCAUAUAGAUCAAUUAAAACUAGUUCUAUUUCUCAAGAAUUAAAAUAAUCAAGAUAAUAAAAAGAUGAUUAAAUAAUAAAUAAUUAAAUAUUCUAAAGUAAUCCAGAAGAUUUAAUUUAAAAUUAGUUUAAAUAACAUUAAAUGUAUAAAUCAUAAGAAAUAAUGGGAUUCUAAAAUUUAGAUUCUAAAAAAGUUAUUAAAAUAAAUUAAAUUGCUUAACUUUUAGAUAUAAGAAAAAUUAAUAAUAAUUUUGAAGAAUAGCCUAUUGAUUUGAAACUUUAAAUCAAUUAAAAUAAUUCUAAUUUAUUUAAAGAGUAACCAAUUAAAGAGUCAUAUACAUAAAAAAUAGAAAUAAUCCCUAAACCUAUACAAUAAUCACCAAUUAAAUUAUCUAAUUUACCUAUUGAACUUAGAUUAAAAACUCAAAAAUCACUUGAUUUAUUGGAAAUUAAGAAUCUAGAAAUACUUUAAUAAUAAUAAUAUUUUCAAUAAAAAGAAUAAGAAAAAAUAACUGCCAUUAAAAUACCUAUUAAUACAUAAAUUUAAAUUAAAAAUCUUGAUAAUAAUAGUAAAAUAAAUGGUUAUUCUGGAGAAGAAAGUGAUUGUAUUUAACAUAGUAAUAGAAAUAGCACUAAUGAUACUAUAAAAAAUAAUUAAUUUUCAAAUUGUAAUUAGAUUUUAUAACAAAAACAAAACAUUAUAGAGAGUUCAUAAAGCUUAUAAAAAUAAUCAUAUUCUGUUUAAAAUAAUAAUUCUAUUUAAUAAAAAAAAUCACCUGUUAGGGUUGUUUAAUCAUAAUAACAUAUCAUUACUCAACCUUUUAAAUCAUCUGGAAUUAGUUUAUAAAAGAACUCUUAAGAUAAUAAACAUAAUUGUUAUUUCCAAAUGAAUACAUCUACUUAAUUUAGGCAAUUUGCAUCAUAAACUAAAUCUAUUUAAAAUAUCAUAGCAGAAAAAUUCACAACUGAUUUUAAUUCAAAUUUUUAAGAUGAUAGAGAAGACUUACUUUCUGCAUCAAUAAGGCCUACUUAUAAAUUUUUAGUGUAUUUAAACAAUGUUCUUAAGUAGUUUGAUUGUAUUAAUACAGAAGAUAAAUAAAAAUGUUAUUUUUUAAUCAGAAAACUCUUAGGAAUUAAAGCAACUUAUAUUUAAAAGUAUUGUCCAUCUAAUAAAUAAGAUAUCAUUUAAGGUUGGAUAGAUAGCUUUUUAUCAUUUUAUUCAAAAGUUGAAUUUGUAUUUUAUAUUACACCUGAUAAAUAAUUUGAAUAAUUUUUCAAUAAAGAUUUAUCUGAAUUUACUAUUAGUUUCUCUUAAUUGUUAUUACAUUAUUUGGAAAAAAUCAGUAAUGUUAAAUUAUAAAAAGAUUUUCAACUUAUAUAAGAAAUAUUAUUAGAAAAUCAAAAAUAGAAUAAUGAUCCUAUUAUGUUUGCUAGAAGAUGGGAAAACGAUUAACUUUGA